GUCUCCCACAACCACCACAGCGGCGGCCGCAACCGCAGAACCCCCCGCCUGACCGUUUCGCAGAACUCGCAGCGCCAGUUCCGCGGCGUGCGCAGCAUGAAGGAGCUCAACGAGUCGGCGGCCCUGUCCGCCUUUCGCACCCGCUUCGAGGCCGGCCGGUCCUUUGAUCUCGAGGACGACCUUGAGUUCUGCCCCGGCCUGCUGACUGACAGCGACUUGGUUUCCAUCUCUGCCUCUGAGCGCUCCUCACUUGCCAGCAACUCUCCCGAAGCGUCGCCCACGCAACAGCCUCAGACCGUCGCUCCCGCCUUUUCUCUCAACUCGUCAUCGCCUCCCUUUGUCCCGCCCAGCUUCCAGUCCCAGCCCUCGAGCUUCAAGCUGCACCAGCCCUCUGCCACGCGCGGCCGCAAUGCCAUCCCCAUUGUCAACCCGGCCACUGGCAUCUCCAUGCCCAGCCCGCCUCUGUCACUGUCGCCCGCCCGGCUACAGCAGUCCAUUCGCCGAUGGUAA